AUGGAUAGCAGCACUCCUGCUCGCCCUCAUCCGUCAACUCUCGGUCAAGCCACCAAGAUCGGCUUGAAUAGCUUUCGUGUUACCAAGGUUCCGUCGAACGCUGUCUACCAGUUCGAUGUAAUGGUCAACAGCGGUAACGAGAAGCGUGGCCUCAUCGAGAAAAUCUGGCAAUCCAAGGCUGUUACCCAGGCUUUGGGCUCGGGGUGGAUCUUUGAUGGGAACAAGCUUGCAUGGUCAAUGAAGCCUAUUGACCGUGAAAUUCGCAUCAAUAUUGACCUCGACGCCGAGCAGGGUCGUCAGGUUCGUCCUGGUGGGAAGGAGAAUAAGCACCGUGUUAUGAUCCGUCAAACGAAUCAUGUCGGCUUCUCUGUCCUUUUGUCCUACCUUGACAAAAAGGCUAGCUUCGAUAAUACUGGCCUCGAGGCGAUCAACUUCUUGGACCAUCUCUUACGGGAGUAUCCUCGUAUGCGGUUUACGGCGAUCAAACGCAACUUCUUCGCCAAGGGCCAGAAGACGUUCGAUCUUGGAUCUUGUGUCGAAGCUUUCAAAGGUGUCUACCAAUCGCUUCGUAUUGGCCACGCGGGCAAGACGCAGGCUUAUCUCACAAUCAAUGUCGACGUCGCCAACGGCACUUUCUGGAAGGCUUUGCCACUGACGCUCGCCAUUGUCCAGCUUACCGGCCGUCGGGAUAUCAACGAUGUGAUUGCCGAUCUUCAGAUGCGUAAGGAGAAGAGUCGAACCUAUACCGACCUCAAGAAGCUCAGGCGGGUACGUGUCCUUGCCCAGCAUCGUAAUAAGAAGACCCAAGGCAGGCCGGACGAAUACGUUAUUGAGCGCUUUGUACCGCAGGGUGCUCGCGACCAUAAGUUCGACAAGGACGGCACGGUGGUCUCUAUCUACGACUACUUUAUGAGGGAGUACGGCAUCCGCUUGCAGUACCCUGAUGCUCCGCUAGUCAAGAUGACCAAAGGCAAGAACACCGUCCUUCCGCUCGAAGUCCUCUCGAUCAAGCCCAAUCAGCGUUACGCGUUCAAGAUGGACGAGAGGCAGACCUCCAACAUGAUCAAGUUUGCGGUUACUGCGCCACCGGAGCGCUGGAGCGACGUGGAGAAUGGCCUGAACAUGCUCAACUGGGCUGCCGAUCCUGUGCUUAGGCAGUUCGGCGUAGAGGUCAGCCGCUCCAAGACCGUCGUUGAUGCUCGUGUCAUCAACCCUCCUGUUGUUCGCUUCGGCCUGGGCGAGGCUAAGCCCGGCACCAGCGGCCGGUGGGAUCUCAAGGGCAAGAAAUUCCUCACCCCCAAUACGGCUCCGCUCAAGGCUUGGGGGGUUUGCGUUGUUCCUGGCCGUCGUGGCGGCAAGCCGGACAAGACCGUUGUCGAGAACUUCAUCAAGGAAUUUGUUAAGGUAUACAAGAUGCACGGCGGCAAGGUCGAUAACCCCAACCCAACCUUCACGCUCGCGCAGGGUGACGACGUAGGGUCUUGGGUGACCAUGACAUGGAACCAGGCCGGCAAUGCAGCUAAUGCGCGUCCGCAGAUGCUGGUCUUCAUUUUGCCGGACAAGGACUCCACGACCUAUGGUCGUAUUAAGCGCUCUGCGGAGUGCCGUUACGGUGUCGUCUCGCAAUGCAUGCAAUACGCGCAUGUCAUGAAAUGCCAAGGGCAAUACAUCUCUAAUGUCUGCAUGAAGUUGAACGCCAAGCUUGGCGGGUCUACUGGUCGCGCUGUCGGACAGAAGUCAGGCGGACCUACCGGUCUGUUCACCGUGCCGACAGUCAUCUUUGGGGCAGAUGUAUCGCACAGCGCUCCCGGCGGCCAGACUCCGUCUAUGGCAGCAUUGACUUGCUCCAUGGAUAAGCUUGGCAUUCGCUACGCCGCGGCGUGCGAGACGAACGGCUUUCGCGUCGAGAUGAUCACUACAGACAAUAUCAACUCGAUGAUGAAGCCUAUGCUUCAGGCCUGGGUGCAGAACGUUGGGGGCGGCAAGUUCCCAAGCCGCAUUAUCUAUUUUCGGGAUGGCGUAUCCGAAGGCCAAUACCAGCAUGUGCUGCAGCAGGAGGUUCAUGACAUGAAGGCUCUGCUCAAGACCGCUGAUCCGAACUUGAAUAUCCCGUUCAUUGUGGUCGUGGGUUCCAAGCGUCACCACAUCCGCUUCUUCCCAGAGCAGGGCAAGGGCGAUCGUAAUGGCAACCCGCUGCCUGGCACGCUUGUCGAAACCGGCGUUACUCACCCUUUCGAGAACGAUUUCUAUCUGUGCUCGCACGCUGCGAUCAAGGGCACUGCUCGUCCUAUGCAUUAUCACGUCUUGCUGAACGAGGUCGGCAUGAGCAACGAAGAGCUGCAUAUGAUUAUUUACGAGCACUGCUACCAAUACAUUCGUGCAACCACACCGGUGUCGCAGCACCCGGCUAUCUACUACGCCCAUAUCGCCUCCAACCGCGCGAUUCCGCACGAUCCGAAGUGGUCCGGCAGCAGUGACGGUGCGCAGACGGUGGCGAGCCGUCCUCGCUCCGGCUCUCAGUCUGGAUCGCAGGGCAAGUCUGGUGGCAGCUCUUCUGGUGCUCCUGCGGAUAUUGAGAAGUUGUUGCCGAUGCCGACGCAAGGCAGCAUCCAGUCGGCUAUGUGGUACAUCUGA